AUGAAGCACCUGAAGUCAUCGGACCUGCGUGAGAAGCUCUACCGCGCUUUCAUCUCUCGCGCUUCCACCGACAAGGUGGACAAUGGGCCGCUCAUCACAGAGAUCCUGCAGUUGCGGAAGAAAGCCUCAGCCAUGCUGGGCUUCGAGAACUACGCUGCCGAGUCCCUGGCCUCCAAGAUGGCUCCGAACAUUGAGGCAGUGAACAAGCUGACAGAGGAUCUCUUUGCAGUUGCGCGCCCAGCUGCUGAACGCGAGCUCGAAGAACUGCAGGAGUUUGCAAAUGCAAAAGGCUACGAAGGCAAGUUACAGCUGUGGGAUGUGACCUUCUGGACGGAGCGUCUCAAGGAGGAGAAGUAUGCUUAUGAUGAGGAGGCUCUGAGGCCUUACUUCUCCCUGCCCAAGGUGCUGGAGGGCAUGUUUGGGAUUGCAAACAAGCUUUUCGGCGUCGAUAUCGUUCAGGAUGACGAUGCCGCAGAGAGAUGGCAUCCAGAUGUCAUGUUCUUCAAGGUGAAGGACGCUGACACCAGAGACCACAUUGCUUCUUUUUUCCUGGAUCCUUAUGCUCGCCCUGGGGAGAAACGGGGAGGAGCAUGGAUGGACGACUGCCUGGGGCGCUCCAAGGCAAUUGGGACAAAGCCUGUGGCAUACUUGACAUGCAACGGUUCUCCACCUGUCGGCACAAAGCCUUCAUUGAUGACUUUCUCAGAGGCGGAGACCUUAUUCCACGAAUUUGGUCAUGGCCUUCAGCACAUGCUGACUCACGUGGAGGAUGGCGAUUGUGCUGGCAUCAACAACGUUGAGUGGGACGCAGUGGAGCUUCCCUCCCAAUUCAUGGAGAAUUGGCUCUACCACAAGCCCACGGUGGAUUCCUUCGCUGUGCAUUACGAGACUGGAGAACCGCUGCCAGCAGACAUUUUCGAAAAGAUCAAAGGCAGCCGGAUUUUCAUGGCCGCCUCAAUGAUGCUUCGGCAGCUGCAGUUUGGUGCAUUGGACAUGGAGCUUCAUUCCCAAUACGAUCCAGAUGGCUCAGAGAGCUUCCUGGAUGUUCAGAAGCGGAUGGCUGGCAAAUUCCAGAUCCUCCCGCCACUAGAGGAGGACCGAUUCCUGUGUUCCUUCAGUCAUAUCUUUGCUGGCGGCUACGCAGCGGGCUACUACUCCUACAAGUGGGCCGAGGUGCUAUCAGCAGAUGCCUUCGCUGCCUUUGAGGAGGCAGGCCUGGACAACGAGGAUGCUUUGCGCACCGUCGGCCGCCGCUUCCGAGAGACAGCAGCUGGGCCGGACCAGCUGUACUUGUAG